AUGCCGCUGCUGCGGAGACCCCCGAGGAGCCGGACCGGGACCCGUUCUCGGCGGACCCCGAGGGUCGCCGCCGCCGCCGCGCCACCCUGGGCGGGCUGCGCGGCGCCGAGCGGGGGGCGCCGGCGGAGGGCACCGGCGGGGGACGGCGCCGAGGGAGCGGCGGGGGAGCGGCGGGAGAGCGGCGGGAGAGAGCGGGACGGCGGCGGGGAGCGGGAGAGGCACCGGGAGCCGCUGUCCGUGCUGGAGAUCCUGGAGCUCAUCCAGCGCCGGCACCUGGUGGCCGCGGACGCCCAGAUCAUCGCGCUGGAGGCCGAGUGCUCGCUGUCCCCGUCGCGCCCUCCCUCGCCCGGUCCCCUCCGCCGUCCCGGUGCCCGCCGGCGGCCGCGCGCCCGGGACGUGGCCCUGCUGUACCGGGCGCUGCUGUCGCAGCUCUGGGCCGUGGUGGCCGAGUCGGUGGCGUCGCCGCCGCCCGCCGCGCUGGCGCCGCUGCGCGCCGUGGUGGCCGUGCUGGAGCAGGAGGAGGCGGCGGACGCUCGGUGCCCGCCGGGGGCGCGCCCGGGGCGGCCGCGGGCGCUGCGGCGGCGCUGGCACGAAGCCGUGGCCCGGGCGGCCGGGGAGCGGCUGGCGCAGGUGGCGCCGGCGGGCGGGCUCGGGGCCAGGCUGGCCGCGCUGGCCGCGAGGGUGGUGGGGGACCUGGGGGUCGUGAGGGGCCGCGUGGCCCCCGAGUACCCGCCCGAGUGGGGGGCCACGGGGGUCUACGCCCGCGGGUACCACCGCGCGCUGGGGCAGCAGGUGACGGCGCUGGCGCAGCGGCCGCUGGACGUGGCCGAGAUGUACCUGCUGCUGGACUGGCACAGCAACGCCUACCCCAGGCCAAGGUGGAGGUGGCCGUGGCGGCAGGAGCUGCAGCUCAGCGAGGACAGGUGGCCCGAGGAUGUCACCAGCCAGGACAUGGAGGACGGGCUGGCCACGCGUGUCACCGGGUGCCACCACCGCGCCCCGGUGACGCCGCCGUCCCCUUCCAGCUUCCAGCGCAAGGUCGAGCGGUUCCUGGACGCGCCCGGUGAGGCGCCGCCCCCCGAGGCCACGCCCGGCCGCGCCAUCGCCCUGGCCAACUGCUGCCCGCCGCUCAGGGCGUUCGCGGAGCGGCUGGCGCAGUUCGGGCACGCCGAGAGCGAGGGGCCGCGGCGGCAGGCGCACGCGGCGCUGGACAGGGUGACGCGGGCGUGCGGCCACCUCCUGACGCGGCGGCUCUUCGAGGAGCUCAAGCCGCACUUCGGGAAGCUGAUGAAGCGCAAGUGGCUGACGAGCUCGGACGCCUUCGACGCCAUCGUGAUGCUCGUGACCGGCUUCGCGCAGACCCUGCGGCCGCUGCACCCCGAGCCACACCAGGUGCUGGUCAGCGAGCUGCACCGCCGCGUUCUCAUCGAGUACGUGCGGCCGCUGCUGCAGGGGCGCCUGGUGUGCGCCUCGGCCAAGGCGCGCGCUCGCGUGGCCGCCCGGCUCGGGGACGAGGCCCGGCAGCUCCGGGAGCUCUUCACGCGCCUGGACUCGGCGUCGCCCUGGCUGGACUCGGUGGUGCCGCGGCUGCGGGAGCUGCUGGUGCUGGAGGACACGGCCGCGCUGCAGAUGGAGGUCGGGGCCCUGGCCAGGGACUUCCCCGACGUCCGGCGCAGACACGUGGCCGCGCUGCUGGACGCGCGGGGCCUGCGGGCUCAGGGGCCCCGCCGGGAGAUCCUGGGGGUGCUGCAGGACCUGGGGGGGGGCUCGGAACCGGAACCGGGCCCGGCGCCGCCCCGGUGCCGCGCGUUCUUCGCCGAGCUGGCGGCGCCGCGCCCGGUGCGCUGCCUCCCGUUCCAGCUGCGGCUGCCGCGGCUCCCGCGCCGCGGCCCCGCCAGGCCGCCCCCGUGUUCCGAGGAGGAGGAGGAGGAGCCCCGCGAAGGUGACAAGGUGACACCCGGAGGUGACAAAGGGGACACGGAGGUGACCGAGCGCCACCUGGAGAGGGUGGAGGCGACACCUGGAGGUGACAAAGGGGACACGGAGGCGACAAAGCGCCGCCUCUCCCCGUUCACAACGCGAGGAGCUCGGGGCAGCUCGGGCGGUCCGAGGAGGACGAAGCCCGGUGGCGGGCGGGCGGGGCGGGGGUGA